CCCAUCCGGAAUAGAGAAUUCAGGGAAGUGAACAUAACAGACGUUUCUUGGGAAGUAAAUUCUAUUGAAAACCUCAUCCAGCAUUUUGUUAAAGCAUAACAUUUCCAACAUGUCUGGAGUUUCUUUUAAUCGUUCAACUAUGUCUGCAGACCCAGAGAACUCUGAAACAAUUUUCAUGGCAAGGUUGGCUUCUCGGCAAACAGGGGAUGUGUUCACGAUUCCCUCCGCUCAGUCUGGCUCUGGACUAGAUACAACAAAGUCAGAUUCUAUGCAGGAUACAGAUGUCCUGAUGGAGAGAAACCCAUUUAAAAUCCCAUCAGAUAUUGAUAUCUUCUUAUUGAGAGACAAGCAGAGGGAAAAGGCGAAACUGGAGCGAGAACGAAGGAAGACGCUGAAGGUACAUGAGAAGAUGACCUGCUCCACUCUGCAGAGCGCCAAACAAUCCGGGUUCAAGAAAGAGAUCCAGAUGGAAGAGGAAGCCGAGGACAAAGAGCUGGCGGCAGAAGCGGAACGGCUCAAAGCUCUCCGGGAAAGCAUCUCGUGGAAGAUCGCCAUCACUAAAGACCAGGUUGUAGAAAGAGAGACCAUUCACGACUACAUCAAUCAGAAACGGCAAAUGUUCUUGCUGCAGUAUGCUGUAACUGUAAAGAAAGAUGAAAUCCAGAAACUGGAAAACCUGGCCGUCGAAGAAGAAGCAAAGCUGGAAAAAGCUGAGGAAGACCUCGAGAAGGACGCUGCCAUGUUCGAUGAGUUCCUCAAGGAGAAUGACCGAAACUCAGCACAAGCCCUCAAAGUUGCUGAAAAAGAAACCAAAGCCAAACUGGAGAAAAUAAUUGAGAUCCGAGAACUGACUGCACAAAUGAUGAACAUCCAAAGUGAGAUAGCCAGGUUCGAGGACACUUUGCAGGAGUACAUCACGUUCAGGGACUUCCUCUACCAGCUAUCUCCCAAAGAGUGGCGGGACGAUUACGAAAAGAAGAGAAAGAAGGAGAAAGAAAAAGUGGUGAAAAUCGAUCCCGACGUUAAAGAUGACAAAUCGCAAUUAGCAACAUCGAAAAGUCGGGAUUUCCGAGAAAGGAGCAAACGUCGGAUAAUGAGUUUUGGAAAGCAUUCCAGUUUUGAACUGUCUUCCUCAGACCUUAGCUUCUCCAGGUCUCCAAGUCAAGCUUUGCUCAGAAGGGACUCCAUGAAACUUAGCCGGGCAUCUUCUAGACAGAACCUCAGAUCCCAGCAAGGCAAAAGACCGAGCAUUCUAAUGCCCUCAUCAGACGAAAAGGAUACUGCAGAAUUAUCUGAUGAGGAAGAUGAUGAGGAACCGGAGUUAUACUUCACAAGUCCUUACCAAUUGCUGAAUUUUUUCACUGAGCUAGAGGAACAGAACUUGUCCUUAAUUCAGAAUUCUCAGGAGACAGAGGAAACCCUAGAUGAGCUUCGGCAUACUUUGAGUAAUACACGAAAUAAAAUGGAUCGUGAAAUAGAGCAGCUGAAGCUUCUUACUGUCACUCUCCAAACCAACAUUGUUAAAGAGGAGGAGACAGCAGCAGACCUUGAACUUAAAUCGCGUGUUUUUUCUUUUGGAGAAUACAAAGCAGAUGUUCAGGACAAAAUGUUGGUGAGCUUGCAUCGAAAGGUAGUGGAAGUGUAUCGACGCUGUAUUGGAGAAAAUGAGUCAAACCUAGGAACCUUGCAGAUGCUCACUGUCAUAGAACACCAGUUGGACGACUUGCUAGAGUGUCUCGAAAGGGUCCCACCAGGAAAGAUCGAACAAGCCGAGAAAGCCAAAGAGAAAGAACGAAGGAUGAGGAUGAGAGAAGAAAAGAUAAGGCAGCAGAGGCUCCUGCAGGAAGAGAGGUUGCAACGGGCCCUGGCUAGAGCACAAGCUGAUGUUAAGAAAAAGACUGGCAGAAGAUUGAUUUUCCGCUCUGAGCCCCCUGCCUUCAAAGAGAAGGAAGAUGAGGAUCAAGGGAUGAUCGACAAGGAAAAGGAAGAGCUGCUCUACUACUUUACUUAACAGCCCAAAGAAGUUAUGAAAUGUACAGAAAGUGACAAAACUGAUUAUGAGAAACAUUUUGGUAGACAGUCUGCAAAUUAUUUAAAGACACUAUACUGAAAUGUCAUUUUCUAAUACCAAUUAUACUUUCACCACCCCCAACAAAUCCAAGGCAGAUGACAAGAGUUACUGUCUGUACUUAACUAAAAAUUUCUACAGUUCUGCCUUGUGAAUAAGAUUACUAAACUGUUAAACAGUAAUACUACCAAGGUGACCAAGACAAAGUUCGUUUGCAUUCAGAUGGUUCAAUUUA